CCUCGCAGGAAGCGGAAAGCGCCGCUGACCUUCCUCAUCCACCUCUUCCCCCUGUUCCUGCUGCCGCUCCGGCCCCUCCGUGCCCUCGGAGCAUGGCGGUGCCGCGGCUGCUGCGGGCAGCGGCCCCGCGGCUCUACAGCACCGUCCCGCUACCGGCCCCGGCCCCGGCCCCGGCGGCGACCCAGCCCAGCGCUGCGGAUGACAAGCUGCUGUCAGAGCCUCUCAGCCACCCCGACUUCUUCAACGUGAAGGAGCUCUUCACCCUGAAGGAUCUCUUCGAUGCUCGGGUGCACCUGGGCCACAAGAAGGGCUGUCGGCACAGGUUCAUGGAGCCCUACAUCUUCGGCUGCCGGCUGGACCAGGACAUCAUCGACCUGGAGCAGACCAUGCAGCACCUCCAGCUGGCCCUCAACUUCACGGCCCACAUCGCCUACCGCAAGGGCAUCAUCCUCUUCAUCAGCCGCAAGCGCCAGUUCUGCCACCUGGUGGAGCACACGGCGCAGGCCUGCGGCGAGUACGCGCACACGCGGUACUGGCAGGGCGGGCUCCUCACCAACGCCCACAUCCAGUUCGGCGCCGGCAUCCGCCUGCCCGACCUCAUCGUCUUCCUCAGCAGCCUCAACAACGUCUUCCAGCCGCACGUGGCCAUCCGGGACGCUGCCAAGAUGAACAUCCCCACGGUGGGCGUGGUGGACACGAACUGCAACCCCUCCCUGAUCACCUACCCGAUCCCCGGCAACGACGACAGCCCCUCGGCCAUGGAGCUCUACUGCAAGCUCUUCAGGAUGACCAUCAUCCGCGCCAAGGACAAGAGGCGGCAGAGCGAGGCCGUCGAGGAGCUGCGGAGGAAAGCCGAGGGCAAUUAGAGCCCCUGGGAUGAGCUCAGUGCUCUGGGGAUGGGCCUCCUGCUCCGCUUCCACAGGACUGGCUCUGCACCCGCAGCACCGGCUUCUGGCAGGGCUGGGCUGGCCGUGGAAGGGAUUCCCCAGCUCUGCUGUGCCCAGAGAUUCCGUGGUGGUCACAGCCACAGGCGGCCUCCAGCUCAAAUUGCUCCCUCCAGAGCCAUGAAGGGAAAAUGGAGCCAGGCCAGGCCCUGCCACACUCCUCGGGUUUGUCCCUGUUGCGAGGAGGUGCCCGUGACCUGCGGCCUUCCCAUUCCUGAGCUCGUGAUCUCACCUGAAAACACUUGUAUCUCAUGCCUCUUCUUAGCAAAUAAAGGGUUUUUUCCCUGUGA